GUUAUUAUAAGUAGUUCUUGUACUACAGCCUACUGACAGGUAUAUGUUAUGGGUAUAGAUUCCCCGUUGCUGCAGCCAGCGGAGUCUCUUUGAUGCUGAAGUCAGUUCCGCAGGGGGCUGUGCUCAGCUGAAUUGCUGGUAUCCUGACAGCACGCGCUUUUCUUCUCAACAGAGGGAUCGCACUUAGAGGAUUUUUGGAUUUUGCCACCUUGACUUGAAAUUUAAAACAAAAAGAUUGAAAGAAACCACGAGAAGAGGCGCGCUGCAAGAACUAUUUCUAAUUUUCCGACUCAGUUCAUUCUAUUGAUCUUUUUUAAGCAGCACUUUCUGUAGAGAGGGUAGCAUCAGAUCCCUCUCUGUCUCUCUUUCUGCCAAACAGGUGUUUUUUCUGGCUCCGCAUUACAAACGACGGGAUUCGCUCUUUCUGGUUGGGAUUGUGAAGGGUUUUUUUAAAAGUGUCGUAUAUCUGUAGGGAACAUGGAGGUUGCAGGAUGCGUUGCACAGACAAUGAAUGAUACUUUGAAGACUGACGCUUGUCAUUUUCACACUCGUUCUAGCGCUUUCUAAUCGGGGAGCUCCACAGGGUAAAUCAAUACACAACUACGUUUGUGGAAUCGCCUUCAAACAGCAAGACAUGCACGGCUGGCUAGAUACGCCCAAAUAAUUCAUUUAGUGUUGCAUAACAAGCUUAAAAGGUGAUAAGGUAUAAUUUGCUUUGAGGGGACCUACUCUGUUUUUGCUACCAUCUUUGGCAGCGCAAUAAUGGUGACUCGUGUUUCGGAUUUAAAUUAGUGUUCUUAGUAUUCUGGUUUAUUAUUAUUAUUAUUAUUAUUAUUAUUAUUAUUAUUCUUAUUAUUCUUAUUAUUAUUAUUAUUAUUAUUAUUAUUAUUUUGUUUGUUUUGUUUCUGUUCUGUGGAGAGUAGAGCUUUAAGUUCUUGGGGUUUUUCUGUUCGCGCUGAAAUGGCUGCGGCUAUAGCCAGCGCCCUGAUCCGGCAGAAGAGACAGGCGAGGGAACGGGAGAAAUCCAAUGCCUGUAAAUGUGUCAGCAGUCCCACUAAAAACAAGGGGACGUGCGAGAAGACCAGCAAACUCAGCGUCUUUUCCAGGGUUAAAUUAUUCGGCUCCAAGAAGCGCAAGAGGAGGCGACCAGAGCCCCAGCUAAAAGGCAUCGUAACCAAGCUGUUCAGCCGGCAAGGGUUCCAUUUGCAGUUACAAGCAGAUGGAACGAUCGACGGAACGAAAGAAGAGGACAAUGGAUACACCUUGUUUAACCUCAUCCCCGUGGGUCUACGAGUGGUGGCAAUCCAGGGCGUGCAGACAAAGCUCUACCUGGCCAUGAACAGUGAAGGCUACCUGUACACAUCGGAACACUUCACACCGGAAUGCAAGUUUAAGGAGUCUGUGUUUGAGAACUACUACGUGACAUAUUCCUCGAUGAUAUACAGGCAGCAGCAGUCGGGCAGGGGCUGGUACCUGGGUCUUAACAAGGAGGGCGAGAUCAUGAAGGGGAAUCACGUGAAGAAAAACAAGCCAGCCGCCCACUUCCUUCCCAAACCAUUGAAAGUCGCCAUGUACAGAGAGCCUUCGCUCCACGAUCUCACAGAGUUCUCUCGCUCGGGCAGCGGCACCCCCACCAAGAGCAGAAGCGCGUCGGCAGUGUUGAACGGGGGCAAAGCGGUGAGCCAGAAUGAGUCGACGUAGCCAGGACCCCCCAGGGGCAGAGCCUUGCGUGUCUGGUAAUCUUACCUCUGGAUGCUGUUGACUUCAAGUAGACUUCUCUCUAUCUCUCUCUCUCUCUCCUAAUCAUCUGCGGUUCAGGACAAAAUACUAAUCAAAAGAAAAUUAAACAAAAACAAAACCAGAAACUGAACUUGCAUAAGUCACACUCUCGUUACCAACCAUUUAGCUGUUCUGGGAUUUCAUUUCCCUUGGACUAUUAGGUCCCGAUGUAUCUAGAAUCUACAUCUCUCUCAAGACGUCUAGGCAGCCAGAGAAAGCUUCUAUGCACCAUCCGGUUAUAGAGGAGAAGCGCCCGGCUAUAGUGUCUGUCAUCUGUGCUUUUUUAUGGGAGCCAAGUGAAACUAACCAGUGUUAAAGGUCCUGCUGGCAAGAGUUACUGUCCAGCCAAAAAGUAAAAUAAGGGCAUUGUCUCUUAAAAUUGGGAAAAAAGGAAACAUUCAGCUGAUUUGAAAAGGGGGUCAAACAUGUGGCUCUGCUUUGCUUGUUGAUUUGUAGCUGAGAGGUUUGUUUUCUUUUCGUACCCCGCUGUUCUACUAACAGAAUGGAUUUCUGCACGGCUGUGGGUUGUGUGAAUGGCGGGGCGCAGGUAUUGAAGGUCUCUUACAAUUAAAUUCACAUUUGGGGUGGGGAGGGGGGUCGGGUUAAACAAGUGUUUUUGUGUGUGAUUUGAAGGAAAAUAAAAAAGAUCAAAACAAACCCGGUCUCAAUUCUAAUUAUUCCCAUCAUGUUGUUUUACUGUGGUGGGCUAGUCUCUAGUCUGUAACUGAUCCAGUGGUCGUCCACCCUGAUCUGUAGUAUUCUCACUGGCUGAUCAUUGGUCAUCAUUACUGUACGUAUGGUGAGAUCUCCUGUCCAGGUCACUGUCUUUUUUUGUGUAGAAAUAAUGAAUCGUGGUGACUUAAUUUUCUAAUAAAA